GUUAAAUAGCCCCUCCUGCGUCGGUUUUCUACUCCAACGACCGCCUGAUCUCAGAACUUGAUCAUCUACAUGCAUUCUUCGACUACUACCAUAAUGACAUCUACUCUGGCUUCCUUCUUGCGCACCCCCGGAGUGGAGGAGUUUCGCAAACUGGGGAACCGCCCCGUUCCGGUGGGGUAUGCCCUCCUCGCUAGUCUUGGGAUAUACAGCGUCUUCUUUGUAGGACGUGAUCUGUACAACUACUAUCGCCUAUUGCCAGUGGAUAUGCGUGGCACUAGUUCGACCAGGCCGAUUGUGUACCUCUUCGCAAGUCUGAUCCGAACCUGGCGCUGGAUUUGGGGCAUGGACGGCACGUCCUCCGUCCCUAUCCGCAAGUGGGUAGAGAGCAGUCGGGAUAGGGAACCGAUCUACGGACGGACAUACCUCGACGAAGCAGCGCUACCGGUUCGGAGAGCGCCGCGUCCGAUGCUACUUCACCAGGGAGUACCGCAGAGGCAAAUACCCCAAAUGCUGGACCAUGAGCUCGAACAGGAGCUCAAGACCAUGUUCAAAGAAUUUGGCAUUUCUCAUUCCCUCCGGAUCGGGGAAAGCGUCAUCGAGCCGAACGCUAUUGCCCUCUUCCUCCCCUCCACGCCUCCUUCAAACAACGGGCGGUUACACCCCGAAUUCGUCAUCCCCAUCACAGACCGCGCAAGUGCAUACGAGUUCGCACACGUCCAUGGCGGCGAAAGCUCUCUGCACCUGUUGUUGGCACCUUUGGAUGCAGCACUGGCGAUUGAACGAGGAUGGGCGGUGAGGUUUUCCCUUGCCGGAUGUGUGGGACCAUGGGGUCAUGCUCGCGGGCGUGUGCUGGCUUAUGCACCGAGAGACGAGCAAGAGGUCAAAGUGAUCAUGAGCCUUGUCCAAGCCGGGUUCGACUACUUGACCGAUGUGCCGAAGGAAUGAAGCGCGACAAGCCGGCCCCGCGAUGGAUUGUGACGAGUACUUCGCCGCUAUGUGUAAUAUUCC